AUGGCCCGACUGCUAUCAGUACCGGCAGUGAUGGCCAAGACGAACCCGGGUCUCCCAAUAGGGUCUCUUGGAAUCAUCUUCGUCAGGGCGAGAGUCAUCAGCGCAUUCCCCGCCCACAAUGCUGCCAGCCCUGAAGGAGGCUACAAUGCCUCCAACGAUCACGCCUUACCCACCGAGCACGACUUGCGUGCCAUGUCAAGAUUAUCCCACAGCAUCGCCCGCGACAUACACGAGAUCAGGACCCUGCAAAGGGAAGAUCCCAACGCCCACAAGCGCAGGUCGGGGGCCGAGGGUAGUAGUGAACAGCAACAGCUCGCCGCGGCCAGGAGCCACGCCGGGAACAGCGGCAGUCCCCCAGGACGCAGGCAUCGCCGCAAGACGAUUGAUUUCUCGUGCCACAAAUGUCACCGCGUCGAUACCCCGGAAUGGCGGCCUGGUCCCGACGGUCCCAGUACGCUGUGUAAUGUCUGCGGACUGAUUUACGCCAAACGCGAGCGCAAGAAAGAGGAAUCGACGAUGCCCACCUUUGGAUCUCGCUAA